UUCUUAUCGUGUUUACAUGUAACUUGUAAAAUAAGGCGAAAAAAAAAUACACUAACCCUUUCUCUCAACCGGUAGUGGUCUAGCUUUUGUUGAAACCAGUCACUUUGUAUUGCCACCUAAUGUAUUAUGGCUCCUGUAUGAACUAUCGCUUAUUGCUCCUAAACUCUUUGUAAGUCGCUUUGGAUAAAAGCGUCUGCUAAAUGUCUAAAUGUAAUUCCCUUUCUUUUUGCACAGAAAAGAUGAACUUGUAUACAUACAUUAUGUAUCUUAUAUACAUUUAGCAUUUUUUUUUUGUAUUUUCACGGUCCAUUUCAAAGUCCUUAUAGCCAAACGUGACUAUCUGUGGAGCUCGACUGUUAUCUGCCAUUGUAACGGCUAAAGGGUUUCAAGCCGCCAGGCGCAUGAGCAGUUUCCUCUCUAUCGCAACUGCUCUGCAGUAAUUGGCCGUUACACCUUGUUUGGCGCGGUUUGAGUUGAGCUGCGUUAAAGGCACAGGCGCUGUAGUGCUGCUGAGUCACAAUAAUUAUUUUAACUAAUUUCAUUACUUUACUUUACUUUAUUAAAAGUUCGAGUCAUUGUCGAGUCUUGCAUUUAAAGUCAAGUCUCAAGUCACUUGCUCUCAAGUCAAAGUCAAGUCAUUUUCGUACUUCAAUCAAGCAAGUCACAAGUCAUGUGACUCGAGUCUCCCACCUCUGGCUCUAAAUGACCUUUGGUGCUGUAACUCACAAAUACUCACUGUGUCAAAGGUAGUAUUUCGUCACUUGCACUAUACAUUUGCAAGAUUUGUUCGGAUAUCCUGAACUUCUAAUGACUAUCAAGAUAUCGAGUUUUCAUCCGCAUGCCCUAUUAAAUAUUAUAAAGAUACUUUUUAAAUUAGUUACUUCAUCAUGUUGAUUCCAGCAAGGACUGUGAACAUUGAGAUGGGGAAAAGUCCGUUGCUGUCUGUUCAGCCCAGUCGAUGUCUGGUGGACGAGAGGUUUCAGAUUGUCAUAGAUAAUUUAUUGCCAAACCAGGAGGUAACGCUGCACUCUUUACAUCAAUCUGAGGACAAGGACUUCUGGGAGGCGUUUGGACAUUAUAUCAGUGAUGAAUAUGGAACAGUGACAGUGGCCAAAGAUGAAUGUUUGGGGGGCACUUAUGAAGGGGCAGAGCCAAUGGGUUUGCUAUGGAGCAUGAGGCCUGUACCGGGAAGUCGAAGUGGACUCAGGUUACGCAAGAUGGAUGUACUUUCACCGAUGGUAGUUCAUAUUUCAGUAUAUAGAGGUCAUUUGUCUCAAGGCUUCGCCAAGCAAACAGCAUUGGCAACCAGUGUCACAGAGCGCUGGUACAUGGCACCAGGUGUGCAGAGGGUGAAUGUCAGAGAAAAAGGAGUACGGGGAACAUUAUUCCUUCCUCCAGGGCCAGGACCUUACCCAGGAGUGCUGGACUUGUGGGGAGGAGGUGGUGGUUUAGUGGAGUAUCGCUCAGCCCUGCUUGCAUCUCAUGGCUUUGCCUCGCUGGCACUAGAGUACUUGUCUCCCGACGAGCGGAGCACCGCAGAUGUUGUCUUCUCAUACUUUGAGAAAGCAUAUCAAAUCCUGCAGAAUCAUCCAAAGGUACAAAGAGAACGACUGGCUAUGCUUGGACUAUCAUUUGGAUCUGCAAUCACACUCAGUAUGGCAGCCUACUCGGAAAUCAUCAAGCCCCAGUGCUGUAUAUGUAUUAGUGGAAGUCAUGGGAUUCCUGUCUAUAAAUCUCUAUUUGAAAUCUUUGAGGAGUUUAAAAAGAAUAUAUUUAAGAUACGUGUGAAUGAGGUUAACCAGGUAAUCCACAGAGACAUGCUCUUACCGAUUCCCUCAGACAUGACUCUCAAAGUAGAUGUUGGUAGAAUAAAAUGUCCACUUCUGUUGGUGAACGCUGAUGAUGAUCAGAACUGGCCUUCGGUUGAAUCUGCUGAAGAUAUGAAAGAGAUGAUGGGAAAAGCAGGAAAUCUUCAAUUGUUGGAAGUCCAGACAUAUCCUGGUGCGGGUCAUCUGAUCGAACCUCCUUACACACCUCACAUCCGUGCCAGUAACUUCAUCUUUCAACGCUCUGAGAAAAUUGUCAUGCUGUGGGGUGGACAGACGAAACCGCAUGCAGACGCACAGGAGGAUGCAUGGAAUACAAUUUUAGCCUUUCUGCGUCAACACCUUUAUUCCAGUUUAAAUCAUGUGGUUAAAGCCAGACUUUAGUUGUGUCAUUACAACACUGUCAGAUUUCUCUAAAUGAACUUAUGCAUGUUAAUUGUGAUUUUCAGAACUAUGAUACUUGCAUUACUGCUGUUAAUACAUUUUAAUGUAUUUAUUGAGGUAAUUGAAAUUGAUUGAAGCAUUUUGCACACACUCACAAAGAAUAUGCAUAGCAUACUGCAGGACACAUUUCAAAGUUAAUAAUACAGAUGGAUUAUCAAAUUUAGACAGUCAUUUUCAGUCUUUGUAUGAUGAAAUCGUAUUAUAAUUGAAGCUCAACAAGUGAUUUAUCAUGUUUAAUAAAACAUUAGUCUGAGAAAAGGAAUGCAGACAUACUGUGAGAAGUUACAUCCAUAAGCUGUGGUGAAAGGCUGUGUUUGCAUUGCAUUUCCUGCAGUAAGUGAGGUAUUGAUUUUGUUUCACAACUAAAGUAUCUGUCUGUAUUUGUCUUUUUACUUUAUAAUCCGUAUGUCAUCAAUAAAUGUAUUUUAAAACGUU